AUCGAUUAAUUAUUGCUAUACGAUCUUUAAAAGAUAAAUAUAUUGUUUGGCCUCGAGAAAAUUAUCGAAAAGAAGUACAUAAGGGAUUUGAAAAAUUUGAAUUUCCAAUAGUAAUUGAAGCAAUUGAUGGUUCUCAUAUACCAUUAAUGGAAGCACCAAGUAAAAUUAAUAAAGACAUAUAUAUGUCUCGUAAACAUCGGUAUGGUAUUCAUUUACAAGCUAUUGUUGAUCAUAAGGGACAUUUUACUUGUUAUGAAAUAGGCUGGCCCGCAUCAGUUCAUGAUGCAAAAGUAUUUAAACAUUCAUAUAUAUAUAAAAAUAAUAAUCUUUUUAUUGAAAAUGAAGAUUAUUUAUUGGCUGAUUCCGCAUAUCCCUUAUUACCAUGGAUCAUAACACCUUUUAAGGAUCCACUAGGUCCAAAUGCACAACAACAAAAAUAUUAUAAUACUAUUCAUAGUAAAACAAGAGUUGUUGUUGAACAAGCAUUUGGUAGAUUAAAGGCCAGAUUUCCCUUUUUGAAAUAUAUGAGAUUAAAAGAUACAAUAAAAGGAACAAAUAUAAUUGAUAUCGCUUUAAUUUUACACAAUUUUGUAGAAAAAAAUAAUGAUGAGUAG